AUGGAUGGUGCUGGUAGAAUAUGGGUUGGAUGGGAUACUUCUAUUGUGAAGGCUCAAGUGAUUCGUUGCUCUUCUCAGUAUGUAUUUUUAGAGAGUGGGGGUGCUGAAGUUAUUCCUUCUAAUUAUAAGGAGUUUUAUGACUGCACUCAAGAUGCUCAUAUUUUUGAUUUGAGAUAUACUGGUUGUUUCUUUACUUGGAAUAAUAAACAAGAGGGGGAGUAUAAAAUUGCUUCAAAGAUUGAUAGAAUAAUGGUUAAUAUGGAAUGGAUUGAAGCUUUCUAUGAUUCCACUGCUGAUUUUCUUCUUCCAGGCAUUUCAUAUUAUAGCCCAGGGGUGGUUAGUAUAUUUGAAGGGAGAUAUCAUGGUCCACCUCCUUACAAAUUCUGCAGCUUUUGGGUGAAUGAACCAUAUUUUAUGAGUAUUGUGAGAAAGUCUUGGAUGGAACCAAUGCAUGGUAACCCCAUGAUGGUGCUGGUGAAUAAACUCAAAAGACUUAAGAAGGUUCUUAUUCUAUGGAAGAAUGAAAGAUUCAAGAGAUUCUCUGAGCAACUUUUAACUGCUAAAUCUUCUAUGGAUGAAGUGCAGAGACAAUUACAGGCUCAACCUUUGAGGAAUGAUCUAGUUGUCAAAGAAAAAGAAGUUGUUAAGACUUAUGCUAAGCUAGCUAGGUGUGAAGAAUCCAUUAAUAAGGAGAAAUCUAAGGUUCAAUGGAUGGAGGCUGGUGAUCUAAAUACAAGAUUCUUUCACAACUCUUUAAAGGAGAGGAGGUCAAAGAAUAAUAUUCUUGUGUUGAAUUCUAGGGAAGAUAUCAAGUUGGAGGAUGUCAAGUUGAUAGGAGAAGAAUGUGUUAACUUUUUCAGUGAAUUUUUUAGUGGAAAUUCUAAUCAGGGGGAUAUUCAGGAGACAGGCAAGUUAGUUAAAGAGGUAAACAGUACUCGCUUUACCUUUGUUGCUAAAUGUGAGAAUGCUUCCACUGUUUUUGACUUCAGACCCAUCUCCUGCUGUAAUGUCAUCUACAAGUGUUUGACAAAAUUUUUGUCUUCUAGAAUGAAGUUUAUCUUAAAGGGUUUAAUUAGUUCUAGUCAGUCUGCUUUUAUAUCAGGGAGGUCCAUUCAAGAUUAUAUCCUAUUAGCUCAUGAAAUUGUUAGGAAUUACCAUAAAUCUGGUGGUAGUCCUAGGUGUUCUCUCAAAAUAGAUCUUCAAAAGGCUUAUGAUACUGUCAGUUCAGAUGUUAUUGCUGCUGUGAUGAGGAAGUUUGGAUUCCCGGAGAUAUUUAUUGAUUGGGUUAUGGUGUGUAUUUCUACUGCCAAGUUCUCUGUUAUGAUAAAUGGAUCCCCUUAUGGAUUUUUUGGUGCUCAAAGAGGAGUGAGACAGGGGUGCCCUAUGUUUCCCUAUCUAUUUGUGAUGGUGCUGUCAAAGGUGAUAAAGGAUUCCAGUGGCUUCUCUGGUCUGGAUGUGAACUAUAACAAAACCUCUCUAUUUUCUUCUUCUGUGGAGGCUGGGUUUCUAGAAGAUAUUUCUUGCUGCCUAAAUUUUUAUAAAGGAGAGCUUCCAGUGAGUUGGAGCCAAAUAUGCACUGUUGAGGGAGCUAGGGGUAUUGGAGUAAAGGACUUGGAACAAACAAACAUUACUGCCAAUUUAAGACACAUAUGGGAUAUUAAUUCAGGAAAAAACACCAUUUGGACUCAAUGGAUACAUACUAAUCUCAUUAAACAAAGGGAUUUCUGGACUUUGGUUGUUCCAAAGGAUUGCUCAUGGAGAUGGAGGAGAAUUCUUGAAUUCAGAGACACUGCAAAACAGUUUAUGGGCACCUUCCUUGGAAAUGGAGAAAAAACUAGCUUAUAUUAUGGAUUUUGGCACCCCAAAGGUAGGUUAUGUGAUUGGAUGGAGGUUGAAUGUCUUGAGACAAUCUGCCCUGACAAAGAAUUAACAGUAGCUGAUUAUAUGGUUGAUGGCUUUCUUAAUUUUCCUGAGUGUAAUCAUGAGCCUCAUUGUGAUGGGAAGGAUAUUCUUCAAGGGGUGGAUUAUGAUUUUGGAGAUGAAGACCUGGUGCUAUGGAAGGGCAGGAAGAAUGGUGAUUUCUCUAUGAAAGAGACAUUUAGAGCUCUCUCUGGAGAUAUUAUUGAGGUGGGUUGGACUAAAUUGGUGUGGUUUAAGAAUAAUAUCCCUAGACAUUCCUUUAUAAGUUGGUUAGCUUGUCAUAAAAGACUUAAAACCAAAGCAAAACUACAAAGAUGGGGUCUUGUGAACAAUGCUGCUUGUGCCUUGUGUGGUGGAGGAAUUGAACAUGAGGAACAUCUAUUCUUAACAUGUUCUUUCUCCAGUAUUAUAUGGAAAGGAUUGCUAAUCAAGUUGGGAAUCUUCAGAAAUAUUGCUAGUACCCGGGAUGAAGAACUUCUUUGA